UUCUAUUGUCCAUUUUGAGACCGAAAUCAAUUUCAUUAAACAGGGCUAUGAGCGGUUUCGAAAAACGAUUUUUAGUCACGGUGAAACGUGGUGGAAAUUCAAAAUUGUACUUGUAUUAGAUUUUGUUCAGAAUUUUAAAUGCAGUUUAAAUUCAAAAAUGUCACUUUAGCGCCUGUCUUCAUGUAUGUUUAGCAUCUUAACGUCUCUGUCUUAACCCAAAAAUUGUGAGUUUUGGAGGGACAUUUUGUUUACCUAUUUUUUUGUUUCUCCCUUAAAAACCACCCCAUUUCAUAAGUUUUAUGAUGGCUGACAGUGUGGAAGUCAUGGAAGUCGAUGACUAUGAACCUGGCCCAUCAAAACAACGAGAAGAAUUGCAAUCUAAAAAGGCCGAUAACUUGCCAUGGAUUGAAAAGUACCGACCGCAAACAUUUGAAGAAAUCAUGGGGAAUGAGGACACGAUCGCUCGUCUGGCAGUGUUUUCCAAACAAGGAAAUGUGCCAAAUGUUAUAAUUGCCGGCCCUCCAGGAGUGGGCAAAACAACAACAAUUUUGUGCCUGGCAAAGAUAUUGCUGGGACCAGCCUUCAAAGACGCUGUUCUGGAGUUAAACGCCUCAAAUGAUAGAGGAAUCGAUGUGGUCAGGAACAAAGUUAAGAUGUUUGCCCAACAGAAAGUCACUUUGCCUCCUGGCAAGCACAAAAUUAUAAUUCUUGAUGAAAUAGACAGCAUGACCGAGGGUGCUCAGCAAGCUUUAAGAAGAACAAUGGAAAUUUAUAGCAAUACAACCAGAUUUGCUCUUGCUUGCAAUUACAGCGAAAAAGUAAUUGAGCCGAUCCAGUCGCGUUGCGCCAUAUUAAGAUUCUCACGCUUAACAGAUCCGCAGGUCUUGGCCAGAGUUUUGCAAAUUUGCCAAAAGGAAAAUAUUCAGUAUACUGAGGAUGGCCUAGAAGCCAUAGUUUUCACAUCUCAAGGAGAUAUGAGACAGGCGCUCAAUAAUCUGCAAUCCACACACAAUGGCUUCGGCGAAGUUAAUUCGGCUAAUGUGUUCAAAGUUUGCGACGAGCCACAUCCGAUGUUGAUCAAGGACAUGCUUAAAUGUUGCAUAGACGGAGACAUCAGAAAAGCCUAUAAGAUUGUUGAACAUCUAUGGAACUUGGGAUAUGCAGCUGAAGAUAUAAUUAAAAAUAUAUUCAAGGUGUGCAAGAAUAUGGACGCUGAAGAGGCUCUGAAAUUGGCAUUCAUUAAGGAAAUUGGAUUAACUCAUCAGAGGAUCAUCGAAGGGCUAACUACUCUGAUUCAAAUGUCGGGCUUAUUAGCCAGGCUGUGCAUGGCAGCUAAUGGCCUAAAGAAAAGCUAGAAUUUGGAAGGUGUAAUAAGUAAGAUUAUUUUUAUUGCUUUCAUUUUUGUCUGUGUUUAUUUUUGUUAAAAUGUUAACGGGUAUUUUGAGAUUUGGAAUAAAACAUCAAAUUGUA